AUGGACUCUUUAUCUCCGCCCGGAAGUCAGAACGGGAGAGAGGCUCGUCGGCACUAUUUAACGAAAGCGUUGUUCAAAGUGAACAUUCAAAACAGCUUGGGGCCGGUGCAGGUGGUGAUGCAGCCGGAAAACACGGCGGCCGAGCUGACAGAGGCGGCAAUAGCCGUUUACGUGAAGGAGAGGCGGCGGCCGUUGCUCGGGAGUUGUGACCCCGGUUGUUAUGACCUUCACUAUUCGCAAUUUAACCUCGAAAGUCUGAAGCCAGAAGAGAAGUUGGAGGACUUGGGGUCACGCAAUUUCUUUUUGUGCCCAAAAUUCAAUCUUGAAAACACAAAUCCUCUGCCUAAAGUCGCCGGUGAUCACCCCCGUCCAACACCAGAGACAAGAGUGACACGAAAGCUGGAAACGGAGCCCUCUGCCCCACGGAGACCCUCACCACCAAUCCCCACAACAAACCAGCAAGAUCUAGCUCAGACCCUGAAAUUCCAACCUCAGCCCAAGCUCGCCGGCGAUCACCCCCGUCCAACACCAGAGACGGAAGGGACGCAACAGCUGGAAGCGAAAACAUCCACCCUGGAUCUCCCAGAAAGGGAGACGAGGCCGCGACUCGCUCCAGAGAACAGCCAGAGGCUCGCCCAAACCGCGAAUACACCGACAAGAAAAACGCACGUCUCCCCGUCGUCCUAG